UCAUUGGCGCCCAACGUGGGGCAGGCGAUCAGGAAAAGACAUCAAGAGGAUUAAAAGCGAAACAUCAUCACCAAGAUGUCAACCACCGAGGGAUCAACCUCAACCAGCGAGGGAUCAGCUUCAACGACAUCAGUGAUGGCAAGCAUCGCAUCAACUCUCACAUCAGCGAUCUCAACGAUCAACACGACGGCAUCAUCCUUGCUCGAAUCCGUCAGUACGGUAGCAUGGACCACGUCCGACAACACGACAUGCACUAACACACACACGGCAACGAAACCAACCAGUAGGAUAGAACAAACUACCAUGGAGACUUCUCAGAGCAUCGUGGAAGAAACGAACUGCUCUACAAGCUCACCAAUGGAAUCAUACACCAUCGACUCUCACGGGUUAUGGAAUAGACGGAUAUCCAAUAGUGGAGUCCCGAUCCAACGAGAGAUCGAGGAUAUACAAAACACAACAAGCAACGACAAUCCAAUCCUGGAAGCAUUGGAACAAAUUAAGGCAUCAAUAAGUCAUCACAUGACAAUAACGAAUGCCAGAUUCUCGAGUCUGACAGCAUCCAUCGAUGAGAAACUUACAUGCCACAAACGACUCAUCGAAGGCACAAUGAGGAGCAUGCUGGCAGCACACGAACUGCACUAUCGGGAGGAGAUGCAAGUCCUCAGGCACCAAAUGGGAGACAGGACACCCACCCAGACGAUCGGCAGACACCGAACUCAAGAUCCCAGCCAAACUAGACGAGUGAGCUUUGCAAACCCAGAGACCCAUACGGGAAGGAGAUUCCAAGAUACAACUCACGACAUCUCUGGCAUGGGUCAGCCAGCCCUUAGGAGCAGCAGCUUUGGCGGCACACAGCCAAGAGUGAGCGACUUUGGAUUAAGCGAUCAGGGCUCUAGGAUAGGAAGAUCGAGGACGUUGGACGCAUCAUGGGGAGCACCAAGGAUGACUCUACCAACCUUUAAUGGAGCAGCAACCUCAAGACCUAUGAGAUACCUACAAGAGCUCAAGCAAUAUUGCCUCACACUAGGACUGGAACAAGACAUUAAACUCGUGAUAUCCCAAAGCAUGACGGGAUCCACCAAAGAAUGGUGGCUACUAAUAGAAGAAAAGAUCUACGCAUGGGAAGACUUCGAGAGAGAAUUCAAAAGAAGGUUCUGGAACGAAGAGGAACAGUAUCGAAUCUCUGAAAAACUAGAAUUCGGAUCGUUCGAUGAGAAUAAGAAGGGAAGCCGAGUCGAUUAUGCAAUUCGGAUUAUCAGCAACGCAAAGGAUAUAGAACCACCAAUUCCGGAAGCACAGAUAAUCACGAAAAUGGCUCGCCACUUCGACGAGAAUAUCCGAUCGGCGAUCUUGGCAAGAGGCAUGAAAACCACAGAUGAAAUCCUGGACCUCUUACAGCGAUUCGACAAGAUCGGGCCGGUGAACUCGAGGAGGGAUUAUCAAAACCGAUAUCCCAAAACAGAUCGAGAGAAUCAGCAACGAUAUCCAUCGAAGAAUGAAGAAAAAACGGGAGCGAACUCACAAAGAAGGGACGACUCUCGCCAAGAAAAGCCUCAGCAGGGACAACCAAGGGCGCAAACAAGCGGAUACAGCGCACCGAGGAAUCAACAAAACCGACAAUUUUCCCAGCAGCAAAACGUGAGGAAGAUCCAAGGAAAAACAUCUCAGGACACCACACAGCCGGGAAACGCAGAAGAGUUGUGCCCCAGCACCGUCCUCCAAAACCAAGGGACACAACUAGAAUACGAGCAAUAGGGGAGGACACGCGCAAAAGUCUACUAUCUGAGGAUCCCCAGAAGAGGGAGAUAAUAAGGAAAUGUCCGAUUGCAAAAAUCCUCAUAGAAAACACACCAGUUUCAGCACUGAUCGAUACAGGCAGUGAGAUAACAUGCGUAUCAGAAGAAUUCUAUCUUACAAACAAAGAGACACUCAAAAGGGCACCAUCUUUACCCGUUGUUGGGGUCUCAAUAAGAGAAGCAACGGCUGGGAGGGCUGUGAAAAUCCAACAGCAAAUAUUCGUUACGAUUAAAAUCGGCCCAUAUCA